CUAAAAAUGGCCGCCCUACUACUAGCAAUGUCCGCCCUAAUACGCCUCAGCGAGAUAUCGCCCCAUCCCGUCCUCUCCCACGACGGCUGUAUUCAGGUGUAUAACUCAAUUGGCCAUUCUACCGGUCUCCCCGAUAUGUAUAUUACACUCGAGGGACUCGGCAUAUAUUUGCCCGCGUCGAACGCCUGGGCUUCGCUAAGGUUGUUAGUGAGGCGUUCAAUUAGAACCAAAACGUUGUGUCUCUCUGAACUUGUGUUGAGAUGUCUUCAACUGACUUGUCCACUGCCAGAAGGCCUACAGCAGUUCACGAGAAUUUCUCCACUUUUCCCACACCGUCGCAUAUCGGAUCUUCAAUGUACAAGUAAACAAGAUCGUGCAGUGGCUUCAUUAUGGAUUCCACGGAGCUCGAGAGCUUUGAAAGAAUCUGAUGCUUCAGAGCCCGCGCAGGUGACGGGGAGUGGCAAUCUGGCUACUACACCCCAACUUUCCACCCCUUCGUUCUGCGACCUGAAAAUCGGCAACUGCGACAACGAGGCCUAGUGUUUGAACCUUACGCGCGUACAGAACUCAGCUAUCAGAUUCCUACCGCCUCCAGGUUGUUUCAUGCGCUGGCAGUGCACAGCUGAAUACAUGGUAUCUUCAUGCGGCUGAACGAGGCUGUGUGGACUGCGGACCUCAGGUAUCCUGCAUACUUUUGAUAAGAUAUAGAAAGCGGUAUGUUGCUGCCUAGAGGCAUGGCACAUGGCUAUGGCUAACCAUCACACUUGCAUUGUUUUUCCCGGGGGAUGUAGAGCUGAUUUUCCUCGAGAAGUAGAAUUGUGCCGGUGGUAGGAUUCGAAUUCCGAGCCUUGUGUUCGAUAGAAUAACGAAGUUCUCAGUAUUUAUCCGCUUGUCCAACCAGACCUGCGGCUGCAUCAGCAUGCAUAGAUAGG